AUCUUAAUCGAAUUUUGACAUUCGCCAGUACACACUAUCACAUGUGUUGGUGGCCUACUAAUCAGCUGAGGAAAAGCUGAUUCUUCAGAAUCAUCCCGUGACGUAGCCCAAAACAUUAACAUUUGGCAACAGUGAAUAGAAGAUACUAAUAUGAAGCUAGCCAAGUUAGUUUAGCUGAUAGUGCAUACCACGAGAUAUUCUUUGCUCCAACUACCAUUAUUUUACAUCAAAAACAUACUAAAUUAAGAGGAUAUGUGAUUGUAGAAGAGAAUGUAAAUUAAAUACCAAAAAACGAUUUUAUUUUAAAUUAUUAGCAGAAUAUUUAUGUUCAUUGAAAAAUUAGUUUUUCUUUUGACUGUUCUUUUCAAAUUGUAUGGGUCACACUAUCACUACUGAAUUUUUAAACAUCUUAACAAUGCAAUGUGGGGGGCUUUCCCACGUGGGUGGUCUAGACUCCACACAAAAAAAUUUUUAAUUUUUUUCGCGUAUUUAUGUUUUAUUGUUUUAUUUUAUCGCAUUUUUUUAAAUUCUCGUUAUUGACAUGAGCUGUGCACAGUUUAUCAAGUUAUUUAGUGAUUUCAGAUAACACUGAAUUCAUCUUCACAAUGAAGAUCUCGCUUAUAUUAUUCCUAUGUUUAAAAUUAACUAAUUCAGGUAUCAUUCAAAGGAAGUACCCGGAAGAUCCCCCUUUUUACGAGACUUACGAAACUGAGACACCUCCGUAUCAGAAUCAAAACUUCUCAGGAUUCAUUCACCAUAAGGAGGUAAAGAAAACAAAGGAGAAUGCAAGAUUUAAACUGUAUGAUUUAACUCUUCCCUAUUGUCAAAGGUCUGCGAAAUGUCAAGUAUUGAACUACACCACUUGCAUGGGGGGCAAACUUCCAUACCAUAGCACAACUUUGGACUUAACAAACCUAAAAAGUCAGGAGAAAGUUCAAGAAAAACUACAACUCUAUAAGUACUUGAGGUAUAUUCCUAAAUGUUGGGCUGUUAUACAGCCUUUUUUAUGUUCGCUUUAUAUGCCCAAGUGUGAAAAUGAUAAGGUUGAUUUGCCUUCGUAUGAAAUGUGUAAAAUAACUUUAGAGCCUUGUAAGAUAUUGUAUAAUAACUCAGUUUUUCCAGAGUUUUUAAACUGUGAGGAUGAACGGUUGUUUCCGACCAAAUGCAAAAACGAUAUACAUGAAGUAAAAUUUAACACAACUGGCUUUUGUAUGGAUCCGUUAGUGAGGACAGACAAACAGGAAUGGUGGUAUCCUGAUAUAGAAGGCUGUGGUCUAAAGUGUAAAGAUUCGCUGUACACAGAACACGAACAUUACCAAAUACACAAGUUAAUAGCUUAUUGUGCCUUACUAAGCAUCCUUUGUAAUGUUUUUACAAUUACAACCUUUGUCAUAGACUGGAAAACUGCUAACAAAUACCCAGCUCUAGCCAUUUUUUAUGUGAAUGUCUGCUUCUGCAUUUCAUAUGGGGGUUGGCUAGUUCAAUUUUUAGGCAGUGAAACUAGGGAAGAUAUUAUUUGCAAGAAAGAAGGAACCUUGAGGAAAUCCGAACCUAGUGCCACUGAAAAUUUGUCUUGUGUAGUCGUUUUUGUCAUGGUGUACUAUUUCAUGAUAGCUGGAUUGGUGUGGUUUGUGAUUUUUGGGUAUUCGUGGCAUAUGAACUCACUCCAAGCUUUGGGUAAAAUACAGGAUAGAGUAGACAGAAAGAGAGCCUAUUUCCAUCUUGUAGCAUGGAGUUUCCCUUUGAUCUUGACUAUAACCACCAUGGCCAUAGGGGAAAUUGACGGCGACUAUGUCACUGGUAUCUGUUUUGUUGGAUUUUUAAACAAAGCCGCUAGAGCUGGAUUAUUACUGAUGCCGUUAGCAGCUACAAUGGUUGUAUCUGGGUAUAUUAUAGGAAAGGGACUCCUUCUUUUGAUCAAAGUCAAAAUAGAGAGUAGAGAAAUUAUAUCUGAACAUUCUAGUAGGAAAAUUAGAUCAAAUAUUGUGCGAAUGGGAGUAUUUACUAUAUUUAUGAUUGUAUUUUGUGUGAUAACCUUCGGUUAUCACCACUACCUCUUUGAAAAUUCAAAUCAAUGGCAUGAGAGCCUACAGAAUUAUAUUUUAUGUAAACUGACAAGUUUAAGUUCUGAUUCUACACACUGUAAGCAAGAUACGAGACCCAGUGUUGCCAUGUUGCAACUGCAGCUGUUGGCAGUCUUUGGAUCUGGUAUAGCCAUGGGUUCCUGGGUUUGGUGUGAUGCUACUCUACAUUCUUGGGGAAGAUACAUUCGAAGAAAAUUUCACUGUGAAAUAGAAGAACCUAUGAAGCUCCAAAAGCACAAGAUCAUAGCUCAGGCCUUUGCCAAACGAAAAAAGUUCAACGAUGGAGGCCAAAUCUCCAUACUUUGCCAGAAUCAUACAGAUCCUGUUGGCCUUCAAUUCGAGUUGAAUAGCGCUGCUAGCAACGAACUAAGUACGACAUGGGCGGCGAAUUUGCCGCGAUUGGUCAACAGAAGAGGAGCAGUGCCCAAUGAAGUGGCUUAUUCCGUGUCGAGCAAUAAUCAUUCGUUGGAUAGCGAGGUCAGUUUGAACUUCAGACAUGUUAGUAUCGAAAGCAGAAGGAAUUCUGGAGACAGCCAGGUUUCGGUGCAGAUAGCUGAACUUAAGGCCACCAGAAAGACGAACUCCAGAAGACACAGAAGCAGGCACAAACCCAGCCGACAUUUCAGAAGCCACUCCAGGAACAUCGGAACUUCUAGAAGACUGUCCAAAUCGGGAACCAAGCGGGAUAGUAGCACUAGUUUAGAUUCUCACCUUCAAAUCAUUAACGCAUUAACCACCACUGCAGAUGUCAAAAGCUUUAGGCCGAAUAUGAACAGACGUACAGGCAAUGCUGGAUUGGAUGGCUCUCAUAUUAACAAUCUCUUGUCAAAUGGGAAGCUUAGAAUACCUUGUCACAUAAAUAACUACAGGAGCGGCAGUGAAGACGAAAAUGUUUCAGUGACCAUAUCAGAAAGCACUUUCAACAUGAAACUCAGUAACGUCAAUAACCUAGACCUCAACGACGAACUGGCCCUGAAAUCACUUCGCGAAGGUGUACAUAUCGAAGAAAUAAUCACUUCCAGUGAUACAGACGAAUCGCAUAAGUACAAUAAGGACUACGAGCAGGAGAAAAGGUCCAGAAAGGGAUCUGGAAGGGACUCACAUUCGAGCAGAAGGUCAAGGAGGUCUAAGCCAAUAAGAAAAAAAUAUUCAGAAGACUCAGACAGUUGCCAAAUGAAGAGUGACAGUUCCUCCUGCCCAGAAAUCAAACAGCUCGUCCAGAGCUCCUUGAACUCUGGAAAUUCCGUCUGCAACGACAAAAAUCGAGGUUCCAGACAGUCCAAAACAUCCAUCGAUGUUGCUGUCCAAGCCAACGCUCAAGACCUGGACUUCGAGCUAAAAAACAUGAAGAAGACUGAAAACGAAAAACACAAAAGUAAACAGACCAAAACUAGGGAAAAUAGGUACAGGAAAGCAAGAAGAAGCUCCGAAAUUGAAGUGAGCAAAAAGAACAAAAGAUCAAAGGAGAGAUACAAAAAAUGCGGCAGCUCUGAAGAAAGAAAAUCGUUGAGAGUUGAUUCAGACGAGGAAAAUUUGCUGGGAAGCAAUUGCAACAUUAAGAUUAAGAAAAUGCAGGAAGUUUAGGUAUAGGUUUUGUAAAAAGGUCUUAAAUAUCCGGGACAGGGUGUCCCGGAAAAUAGUGCGUUCCUUAAAGGUUUGGGUGGAAUGCACCAUAUAAAAGAAAACUUUCUUAUAAAUUUUUUUCUAAAGUCAUCUGUUGCCCCAAACAAUUAAAAUAAUGUGUUUUACUUAAAUUUACAUUUGACAA